AGAAGUAUAACUCUGUAUGGUGUAGAUGAGUCACAAGCUGGAUUGUACGCAUGUAGUGUGUCACUUGGUGGGUCAAUCUCCACUAACACCAACAUCACAGUAGUCGUCACUAUACCUGUGCCAUCAAUUGUUCCUUCUUCCCUAAUGGCUGGAACUGUCGGCAAUCUCACAUGCUCCUAUUAUCUGAGUUACCCUCUCGUUGAAGUGUCUGCUACAUGGACUUUUAAUGGUUCAUCAGUCGACCCUGACGACAGUAAUCGAGUCACACUUGAUGGAGUUAAUCUCAUGCUUUCUCGUGUUACAACCUCUGACAGUGGAACCUAUACCUGCACACUGAAUAUCACAUCUGGCAGAAAAUACGUAAUUUUCCAGGCACCAGACGAAGCCACUGCCAAUGUGACUGUGGCAAUCCCUCCACCUCAUGUACAAGUGUCUCUGAGAUCUGGACCUCUCUAUAUUGGGACUUCCCUAUCACUCUCAUGUGCAGUGACAAUCAACAGUAGUGUGAACAAUAAUGAGAGUGUGACUAUUGAAUGGAUUGGUUCACUAGGAGGUCGGGUCUCAAUUAACCAUACAUUGAGAGUGUAUGAAAAUACCUAUGAAGGAAAUCUAACAAUCAGCCUUCUUUCUAUGGACGACAGUGGUGCUUACACCUGUACAGGCACCAUUACUGGA